AUGUCGACUCACGGUACCAACGCGCUCGAUGGCGCCGCCGCCGCCCUGCCGCCCCUCGCUGGCGCGCAGCUUGCCGGUGACGACAAGCACGACGGAGGUUUUAACGCCACCUUCGGCCUUAACCCCAUGUCGGCCGAUGACCCUUCUUGGAUCGGACACGGCUUCCAGGCUCAGGCCGCCGAGGACUUCCUCUCUUCGCCAGAGUGGACCGACCCCUCGCCUGCCCUCACCGACUCGAUGUCUUUCGACCUCGACUCCUAUGACGGAGAGCACGGCGUUCCCGGCAUCGCCGGCGCCCCGCUCUUCUCGCCCAUGGACGGCUACGCCUCCUCGAACGUCAGCCCCUUCGAGGCCAGCCACAACGACUUUGGCGGCACCGCCGUCGGAGACUUUGGACCUUCGGAGAUGGGCCCCGACUUCACCCUUUUCCCCGAGGCCGCCGCCGAGCGCAAGCGACCCGCCGAGAUGGCCUUUAGCCAGGCGCAGCAGCCCGGCCAGGAGGACCUCGCCGUCACGCUCCUUCGCGCGCUCAGCAGCGCCGCGCUGCAGGGUGCCAGCGUCGCCGCUCCGGCGACCAGCGCUCCGAUGCCGACACCCACCCCCGCCCACACCAACACCCCCGCCCACACGACGUCGCCGCUCCUGGUCUCGAGCGACAUCAUCACCCCCGCCGUCGUCGCGCAAGAGCCUCCGACAUCGGCGGCGCCUGCAUCGUCCACGGCGCCGGCAUCGGCUCCUGCCCCUUCGGCAGCCGCUGCCCCUGCUGCUCCGAAGAAGGCCGCCGAGCGUGCCACGAGCCCAGACCUCGCCCGUCGGUCGUCGUCGACCUCGUCGGGCAAGCCCGAGUCGCGCGGCACCAAGCGCCGCUUCGACCCUUCGGACCUGCUGCCCCUUGACGCGCCCAUCCAGCCUCGCAAGUACCACACCGUCUCGGCAACUUCGCGACGCGACACGCCCAGCGGUGGCGCCGCGACGGCCGAGGGCGAUGAUCCUUUUGCCGACGAGGAGGCUGCCAUCCGCAAGGAGAAGGACCCGCGCGUGGCCAAGCGACUCAGCAACACCCUUGCUGCCCGCCGCAGCCGUCACCGCAAGGCCGAGGAGCUUCGCACGCUGCACGAGACCAUCGACAGCCUCCGCAACGAGGUCGAGAUGUGGAAGAAGCGCUGCGAGCGGGCCGAAAAGGAGCGCGACGAGGCUCGCGCCUGA